CCCGUUGCCUCUUGCGCGCUCCCUCUCAGUUCCUCACGCUCAGAGGCUACUUUGCUUAGCGGUCCUAUUUGGUGCGCCCGUCCGUAGCGAAGCAUUCGAGCGGUGAACUUAUCCGUUCUUUCUUAUCUGCCAUGACUUGGGGGUUACGGUUCAUGCAAAUAAGCCACAGAUGAGAGCGUGUCUCGAGAUGAUCGAAUCUGGGGACUGCCAAUGAUUCUUUAUUUUUCAAGGACCUCACUGCUCCUCCCCGAAGGAUCCUGAUCAGCGAAGCACAUUUGAAGGGGCAGGGGAAGAGGACCGAGAGGGCAUGUCUUUCGCAAACAUGUGUCUUAUCAUGAAAAUGUAUUAAAAGGGGUACGAAUGGAUAACGAUUCUGUGGCAAGUCAACAACUUAUCAUAGUUUUUAGAAAACUUAAGAAUUUGCUCUGGUAGCAUCGUUGCGUUGAUUGCCUCAUAAAGAUUAAGCGUUCUGAAAAUGUUCUUAUCUCAAGUUGGUGCUCGUAAUUUAGACGUGAUUAUUAAGGUUGUAAAACAAUAUUAUGAGCUCUUUUAGUGAUACGUGGGUCGGACAUGUGGUGGGCUUUCCGUGACGAUGAGCUAAAAUUAACUAAAAUCAAUAACACUGGUACUCUUUCUUGUUACAAAGGGUCAGAAGUCUUAAAGAUUGCCACUUCAGCGAGACCGCUCUGAUAACUUUGAAAUCGGACGGUAGUUUUGUUUCAACCAUGUUUGUCGCUGGACGACUUUUCUCAUGCGGCUCAGGUCAUGAUUUGUUUGUUUAUUUAAACGGGGGGGAUUUGGUGGCGAGAUAGGUGGCCCACAGACGAACCGAUCUGUGUUGUGCUGCCAAAACCUCAGCGCUUAAAGCUAUUGCGUUGCAAUAUUCUACUCUCAUUAGUUUACCAUUUGCUAUCAUAGGCAACUCGAUUAAGUCCGUCAACAAUGACUUUGGUUGCGUUUCAGUUGCAUUGGAUAAUAAUUAAAUAACGCAUUGGACAUUUUAUAGACGGAACAUUAUAUUUGAUGAGAUGUACUUUUAUCAUUCUAAUAAUGUUGGGAAGCCCUUCCAAUAACGGUGGCAUCAGGAUGCUGGCUCCAGCUGCUCCCACUGACGAUAGGCGGGUUGAGUUUGUUGCUCUCACGGCGGUUCAUACCGAGAGAAGUGAACCGUCCACUCCGGAACGGGGACACCCCUCUCAUCGCACGGGGCUACUGGGGACCCCACUGCCCGGUCCUCCUGGGCCACGAACAAGCACGGCAGCUUCCAACAAAAGCUACAGAAAGUUUCAAAAUUGUCUGUAUAACGUGUUGGAGCGACCACGAGGAUGGGCCUUCAUCUACCACGCAUUCAUUUUCCUGCUGGUCUUCAGCUGUCUGGUGCUGUCUGUGUUCUCCACCAUCCCCGACCAUCAGACCCUUGCCAACGAGGGCCUCUUCAUCCUGGAGUUUGUGAUGAUCGUGGUGUUUGGGCUGGAGUACUUCGCCAGGGUGUGGGCGGCAGGAUGCUGCUGUCGCUACCGAGGGUGGCGGGGCAGGCUGAGGUUUGCCAGGAAGCCCUUCUGUGUCAUAGACUUCAUAGUGUUUGUGGCGUCGAUGGCGGUGAUUGCUGCAGGAACGCAGGGUAACAUCUUUGCCACGUCGGCCCUGAGGAGCAUGCGCUUCCUGCAGAUCCUGCGCAUGGUGCGCAUGGACCGCCGGGGGGGCACCUGGAAACUACUGGGCUCCGUCGUCUAUGCACACAGCAAGGAGCUGAUUACUGCCUGGUAUAUCGGUUUCCUGGUGUUGAUCUUUGCCUCCUUCCUGGUCUACUUAGCAGAGAAAGACGUCAAUGACGACUUCUCCACCUAUGCAGACUCCCUCUGGUGGGGAACGAUCACCCUCACCACCAUCGGUUACGGCGAUAAGACCCCCCACACCUGGCAGGGACGCCUGCUCGCAGCUGCUUUUGCUCUUCUCGGGGUGUCCUUCUUCGCUCUGCCUGCUGGGAUCCUGGGGUCAGGAUUUGCCCUGAAGGUACAGGAACAGCACAGACAGAAGCACUUUGAGAAGAGACGCACACCUGCAGCCAACCUCAUACAGGCUGCAUGGCGUCUGUACUCCACAGACGCCCAGCGUUCGUACCUCACAGCCACCUGGUACUUCUACGACAGCAUGCUGCCCUCGUUCAGGGAGCUGACGCUCCUGUUCAGUCACCUUCAGAGGCAGCGUAGCACCAAGAAGGUUCUGCUCAACUCAUACCACACGCUGCUGUCCGGCCUCCGGCCCUACAGCUCCCCCUAUCUGUCAGGGGACAGUAGUAAAAUGGGAUUUCGAGACCGGAUAAGGAUGAACAAUUCCCGUUCAUCCCAAGCCAUCCGGAACAAGGCCUCACCCUUGCCUCCUGGAACUGAUCGGCAUUCGCCCAGUCAAGACAAUGUUGCCGAGGCAACUAGUCCGGGAAAGGUGCAGAAGAGCUGGAGCUUCAAUGACCGCACCCGCUUCCGCACAUCGCUACGGCUAAAGCCAAGGCCUCCAGUUGAUGUGGAGGCAACAGGAGAGGAGAGCACAGAAGAUAAGCCCUACUGUGAUGUCACCAUGGACGAGGUGAUCCCUGCUGUGAAGACUCUGAUUCGUGCCGUCAGGAUCCUGAAAUUCCUGGUGGCGAAGAGGAAGUUUAAGGAGACCCUGCGGCCGUAUGAUGUGAAGGAUGUGAUCGAGCAAUACUCAGCCGGACACCUGGACAUGCUGGGCAGAAUCAAGAGCUUACAGUGCAGGGUGGAUCAAAUCAUCGGCCGAGGGGCUAUGCAGUCAGAUAAGAAGGUCCGCAGUGAAAAGGGGGAAAAGACGCCGCCAGAUCUGGAUUCAAUGGAUGAGCUUAGCAUGAUGGGACGUGUUAUCAAGGUGGAGAAACAGGUGCAGUCCAUUGACAACAAGAUGGACCUGCUGCUGAACUUCUACUCGCAGUGCCUGAAGAAGGGCUCGUCCCACUUCACCCUGUCCUCCCUGCUGGAGCCGGACCUCACCUCGGACUACCACAGCCCAACCGACCAGCGCGAGCUCUUCCCCUCCGCCACCACGCUCAACAUCGCCCACUCCGACAGCGGGAAUAUGGACUGAGCGGAGGGCCACCAAGGUGCCACCGCCGGGAAGGCUGACUGUGCCACUACAAGAUGACGGAUCCCCCACGGAUUCUGCAACCUUCAAAACAAAACAGAAUGAGAAUGCUCACCUACACCAUAUCUACACACUCUGUUGGAAUCUACUGCAGCCUUCAGAAGGAUCCCCUGUCUACCUCCAGAUCUGAAGCCUUCCACCUCUAUCUACUUCCAGUGUUAUUACUCAAUCCCAGGCUCUACACAUCUACUCCUUCACUCAUUUGUUCAUUCUUUCAGUCUCCUUUCAUAAAAAAAUUGCCAAUUUUCCUUUAAAUUAUAGCUAAUUUUCUUUAUCUCUCUCUCUCUGUCUCUGCCUUUCUCUCUCACUUCCUCUCUGUCUCUCCCUCUCCCUCUGUCAUUGUCCCCUCCUCACUGUAGUUGAGGCGCUCCCUCAUGCUGAACCCUUUAAUGAACAUUUAAGACUGUCUCCACUAGAGGGCAGUGUCAGAGCAGUGGCAUGCCAAAAGAAAACUGCUCUCCGAAAAGCAAAAACAAAGACCUGCGCACUCCCCUUCCCUCUCUCUCUGGAGAGAUAGGAGAAUGGAUCAUCACAACUCGACUACUGAGACACUCGUUCAUUACCACCACCAUCCCCCUUUUCCUCACCCAUAUACCCAUCUAUUUGUAACUUACAAGCAAUUGUGGAUAUCGACUUCUUUUGACAUCUAGGUUUUUUAUAUAAAUAAGAUUACUUUAUACAAGAUUUGAAGAUUAUAUCAUUUCUUGCUGGUGUUGAUUCUGAAUCAGUAGACCUCCAGAACAAUCAAGGGAUUGGUUUUCUGUGUGCUUGAUUUGUUUGUUUGUUUGUUUGUUUGUUUUCCUCUGGAAGAGGUCUGAAAAUCUGUUUUUGACAAGGCCUUCUCACUCUUUUUUGUGUGGCAUCAAUUUGUUCAGUUAUUUUAGGGGGGGGGGGGGGGGUGUUAUUUUGUGUCUGUUUUCACCUGGAGCUGAUGCAAGUUGUUUUAGACUUUGCAUGGGUGGGAGUCUCUGAGCCUAUGCUGAAUGUAGCCCUCUCUCCAGGCUCCCCUCUGUCAUCUCCUUAUUGCUGACAGUGUCUCUGUAUUGGGCAUUAUUGUGGACUGGAAAAAACAUGAUGGUAAUAAUAAUAAUAAUAAUAAUAAUGAUGAUGAUGAUGAUAAUAAAGAACUUUGCUGCCUGUUGUGACAAGCACAUGCUGGGAGCGCAGAGAGACACAUAGAGAGUCAUUCCACCAAAGGGUCAUCUCUCCCUGUACUCUUGAUCUGUCUGUCUGUUGCAUGGUUCUACUGUUUUCUCCUGCUCCCAAAAAGAAAGAAGGAAUGAAAGAAAGAGGGAAAGAAAAAGACAUUAAGACAUCAAGCGGAGGCUGGGUUUUGAUCAGGACACUCAGGUUUAUUCAUAGCCAAGUGUGCACGUACACAUGUUGUAUGUGUGUGUGUGUGUGUGUGCGUGUGUGCGUGUGUGUGUGUGUAUCUGAGGGGGUGUGAGAGUUUGGCUUUGUGAUGGUGUCUCCAUAACACUGAAGACAGGGCAGCCAGGCCUCACUGAUGUGGGUUUCUUUUCCAACUUACCAACCUACCAGUCAUUCUCAAGAAAGCCCACUCUGCAAAAAAGAAAGAUGUGCCAGUACUCCUUCACUCACCACUUCUAUAAUAGUCAAAUUGCAUGUUAAUUACAGAUAGAAGCAAAGAUCCAGUGUCAUGUGUGGCCACACACACAUCCUGUAAAGCCAAUAGUGUGAAUAUUGAGCCUCUCAGGCACCCGUACUGGACUGGGUCUCAGGAGUCGUGGUUUGACCCCUGACCCCUCUGCUCGCCUCUGAGUCCAUCUUCACCCCGUACCGUCUUGCUGCAUCUCCAUUCAACUUUGCAUGUUUUCUCAAGCCAGACAGGAAAGGCCAAUCAGUAUGCCUCCAGUAUGAACUCCUGCUGUCUGUACUGUCCGUUCGUUCCUCUACCGUCUGAUGGUUUUGGUGCAACAUGUUCCUACAUUGGUGUUUUUUGUCGACGAGACAGUCUUGACCUCUAUACAUUCACAUGACAUGAUUUCUACAACUCCCUUGGUUUUAUCCGCUUGUUUACCAAUUUUCUUGAAGUCCAUAAAAUCUGACAUUUUAUGUCUGUCUCAGAAUGAUAUUGCCACGAGGACAACUACAUUCUUGGCCAUCCAUUAAAAACUGACUUGAAUAACAGGAAAUGAAGGAUGUGUCAGCGUUGCAUUGGUGUCCAGUGCAUGAGCACUUCUCUUAGUAAUAUCAAAGCACGUGUCUAUGGGAAAGUGUCUGGCCUUAGAUCCCUCAUCACCACCUAGCUCGGACUGGUAAACUUGUGGAGUCUUUUGAAAUAACACUUCCAAGUUCACCCCACUCUGUUUCAGUUCCCCUUGUAUUCUUCCACUUUGCUGAGACUUAGAGGACUUACUUGAUGUUUUGUAGCGUGACAGAGGCAUGAAAACAUUUCUGCUAUGCAGUCUUUUUUACACACAUGCUCUUUCUCUCCCCCAUCGUUCUGAAUCCAUUCCAGAAUAGCCCCCUCAGGAUUUUGCAUUCCCAGUUGUAGAUUAGCCUCAUUACCAUGUUUAAUUUAAACCAGUUGAAGCCCUUUUUUAAAUUUGUCCUGUUCAUUUCUCAAAGGACACACAUUUCUGCUGCCUAGACAGUUUGAUCGGACUGAUUUAGAAGAUUUUGGUGUGUGAACAGUUAUCUCAUGUGCCUAGGUGGUUUCCAUAGCAGCACUAGAUUGUUCCGGACCAUGCAGCUAAUGUAGCCAUCCUCUCUACAGAUAAACACCUGGACGUGUUUUAUCGCUGUCCAGACCAUACAUCCCUUAACAAUGGGUCCACAGUGGUGAUGUAAAUUGUUUUUUCAUUGGCACACAAUGAACAGGUACUUUGCCAGGCAGGCUUGCCUCAGAUUCUCGCUGGAGAGUCAACCACGACCUCCAUCGCCUGGGUGCUUUUUUUAAAAAAAAACACAGACAUCAUGUAGGCUAGCUAAUGUAUAUGCACAGAGUUUCAGUGGAAUCAUCAAGGCUCUGUGAUUCUCUCCGCUUCCACGGGUUGCAAACUGAAUGAAUUUGUGCCUUUCAGAUAUAUCAAUUCCUCUUGAUUACUACUAGUAGCACAAUUAGAAUGAAGUUAAAGCAUGUAGGAGUCGUGAUAGCUAAAAGACUCCCUAAAAAAACUCCCCUUCAUUUAAAACUGCAACAGUGCUGCCCAGACAGUGACGGUGAGCUCUGACCACCCUGUUGUUUUUAUUCUUCACUUUGACCUCUUUCAAAAUCAAAAUUGCCCUUUAAAUGCUUCAAAUGUAAAACCUCCCCAAGCACCUGCACUGCUGACAUGCAUAUUAGAGUAGAACUAAAUGUGCUGGGGAGGACACUGAGGGCAUGACUGUAGCUGCGUUAUGUACCAUGUCUAGGCAUGUGAUGGGCCAUGUUAAAGCAUGUUACAUAUUGCCUUGGUUUGCGCACAACUUCUUUUUAUACUAAAAGAACGAAUAAAGUCCAAAGAUGGGCGUAUUAGAAUAGAGACAAACCACAUUGGACGAGACACUGUUUUUGAUACUUGAAUGCAGUGUGCAUGGUCCUUUGCAUGUCCCACUUCCCCACCCUCAAUCCCUAUAAAAUCCAUCCUCUGUUUUCAUGGACAUUACUCACACCUGGUCCCCUUAUGACAUUCCAACCCAAUUCCCUUUCUCUGAAGUACUUAUGCAGUGUAUGGACGUUGUACAAUUGUAAAGCAAUAAAAUGUACACUAAAUAAAGAAGUCUUCCAUGAUGCCCUUUCAUAGAUUGUUCAAAUGCUGACCGUAGCUUUUCAGAGUUUUAUAUUCUGAUGUGGCUAUGAUCAGCUCAAGACUAACAGUUUCUUUCUACAUUGAGAGCAAAAGCCACUCACAUAACUAACUUAUUUUGUUUGUUUCAAUAAAGGUUUUUUCUCAAAUGAA